AUGGAGGUGGCAAGCCGUCAGCCGUAUUACUUUGGAGAUAUCGGUUGUUGGGCCGAGAGAACAGAGUUACACAAGGCGGCGGCGCUCGGCCAGACCUCUCAGCUACGGCACCUCAUCCAGGGGGGAGCCUCGGUCAAUGUGGUGGCUGUGGACUCCAUCACACCGCUGCAUGAGGCCUGCCUGCGGGGGGAAGCUCAGUGUGUGAAGCUGCUGCUGGAUGCUGGAGCUCAGGUGGAUGCAAGGAACGUGGAUGGAAGCACUCCACUGUGUGAUGCCUGCUCAGCUGGAAGUGUGGAGUGUGUGAAGCUGCUGCUGGAGCACGGGGCACAGGCCAAUCCCAGCCUGACCUCCCGUACAGCCUCCCCCCUCCACGAAGCCUGCAUGGGAGGUAACUCAGCGUGUGCGAAGCUGCUGAUCACUGUGGGUGCUCACCUGGAGGCAUACGACCUUUACUACGGCACCCCCCUGCACGUGGCAUGCGUCAAUGAGCACACAGAUUGUGUGAAGGUGCUGCUCAAUGCAGGUGCUAAAGUGAACGCUGCUCGGUUGCACGAGACCCCUCUGCACCACGCAGCCAAAAACAUGCAGGUAGAGAUGAUUGAGGUGCUGGUGGAGUUCGGGGCCAACAUCUACGCACGAGAUCAGCACAACAGGAAGCCUGUGGACUACACGGCCCCAGGCUCCGCCUCUGCAGCCUGUCUGCAUUUCUAUGAGACCUCUCCGAUGAGCCUGCAGCAGCUCAGCCGGCUGGCAGUGAGGAAGAAACUGGGAACCACUGCUCUGAAGGUCAUAAGUCAACUGGAAAUACCAAAACUCCUCAUUAGCUACCUCUGCUAUCGAUGAGUGUCAGAUUUCUGGGAGGAACUGCCGCAGCGACGACCGGCUUCGUGGUUGAUGCGCUCUCAUGGCCAAACAGCACAGUGCCAAACAUGGCCUCAUCAUUGCAUGCUGACCUCCAGGUCUGCUCUCAGGAUCGGACACAGACCAUUUGGAAUUAUUUAACAUUAGGACUUAUGAACAAAAUAACUUUAAAACCAGCUGAAAUGUACUUUUUCUUUCUUAAUCAGCUUUACUGCCACAUUAAAAUGAACAUCAUGUAGAUUUUAGACAGAGCAGUGGAAAAUUGAUGCUUAAAGUAAUUUAUGUGAGUUUUUGAAAAGCACAGAGGGGUUAUAAUGCAGCUCCUGUCUUCGUUUAAACUGACAGCAAACCGAUCAUUUGAGCUGCUUUUGUCUAGCAGAUCUGUGUCUACACAAAAAACAUUUGUGAGAAUUAUCAUGAGGAGGAAAUACUGACUCUUCAGGCUGUCGGUGAGUGCAGCUCAUGGGGAAAAAUGCCUCAGUCGCUCAGUAAAGCUCAAACUGUGAAGGUCUGCGGGGGGAAACGCUGCCAUUUUACAGACCACAAACACUCUCAGUCACACCUAGGGACAGUUUAGAGAACCCACAACACCGUCCAUCUCCUGGAACCUUUUCAAACCUGGUUUCACUUCUGUGCCAUAAAGCAUUAGCUGCACACAGCACGGGGGAUCAAGUUUCUAGGCGACUCUCUGGUUAGUUUAUUAAAGUCAUUGAUACAAUCAUUCUGAUCAUUGAUGAAAGGCUGAUCUUCAGACAUCCAAUAAAUGCCUCAUUUUGUCCCUGGUGUACAGAGAUUCCUUCAUUUUUCAUGACAAUUUUAUUGGAGUUUUACGUAGUAGAAUGUGGGAUUUGUGUCCAGCUGAAAUUCUUCCUUUCAUUAUCAUUUUAUGUGUAAUCCUUUUGCAAAACUGAUAUCAAUUAACCUGAUUAGUUUCUCUGCUGAAUAAAAAAAAAAGUUUAUUUUUUUCAGAAUUUGGUUCAUAGCUGAUUUCCCAACAUUUUGUUGGUCUAACAAACUGACAGGAAAGAUAUACUUAUGUCUUUUUAUGUUUAAAGUGUGUGAACUACACAAUGUUAAUGAAUGAAAGUUUUUAAGAUUGCCCCCCCCCCCCCCAGAAAAUAUCGGAUUCCUAGUUGUGGUCGACUCCGCUUCAGCUGAGCUCACAAAAUGACUGAGAAUCUCUCCAUGUUAAGCCUGACAUUACAAAAACUAGAAUACAAAUGAGUCACUAAUCACUUUGUUCAUUUCAUUAUGUGUAUUAUGUGAUUGUGUCAGUAAAGAACGUGGCCCUUUCAAAAUAAAGACCAGAAAACAGAUAAUGGCAGUAAGCAUCACUCUUUGGGAAACACACAAGCUAAUAAUGUUUGAUAAACAUGUUGACCACUCAGUCCAUGUUUCUGUUGACAUGUUUGAUGAUCUGCACUGUAUCUACAAGUUUUUAUUAAAAUACAUCCAUCAUGUAUUUGGUCUGUUGGAUUAGAUGUUGUAUUAUCAAACAUUUAAAUAUUUUUCACUGUUUUCCAUAUGUUUAUUCUGGAAAACAUUUAAAGUCUCUGGAGCAGCUUUGACUUGGAGUUGUAUUGCUAAAAAGCAACUCAAGGUUUGUUCCAAACAGUUUCAUCAAACUCAGUGUGCUUCUUCUUCCUGUUACACUUAUGAAUAAAUGUUUCACAAUA